AUGGAUACGAGCAACAAAGAGCAGGAAGCCCCCCUCGCCCAUCUUUCUCCCCCCAUCCAUCAUCCCAUCUCCUUCAUCCACGACGAAGAAUCCACCCUAAACACUAACCCCCCCCCCCCCCCCCCCCGCCGAUGCGUGCUCUGGUGCGGCGGCUGCUGCGGCGCAACCCUCGUCCUCCUCGGCGUCACCAUCCUCGUCCUCGCACUCACCGUUUUCAAAAUCAAAGAUCCCGAACUCACCAUGAACAAUCUCCGCGUUAACCGGCUCUUCGUCCCCGGAGUCGGCACCAUCGAAGACCCGACCCUCUCCGUCAACGCCACCCUCACCGCCGAUAUUUCCAUCAAGAACCCUAAUGUCGCCUCAUUCAGGUUCGAGAACAGCACCACCGAUUUCUUCUACGGCGGGGAGACGGUGGGCGUCGCAUACGCGCCGGACGGGAACGUGAGGGCGUAUCGGACGGCGAGGAUGAACGUGACGGUGGAUGUUUUGGCGGAUCGGGUGGUGCUGGACACGAACGCGACGGGAUCGGUUUUGUUUGACGGGGAGGUGAAUAUGAGCAGCUAUACGGACAUUGGGGGGCGGGUGAAUGUGAUGGGGGUUUACAAACUGAACAUGCACAUUCUUCUUAAUUGCAGUUUUACCUUGCAGGUUUUUAGCAAAAACAUUACCAAUCAAUUGUGCUCUGCGCAUGUCCAAUGAUUUUGAAUCUUAUUUUUAUUUUUGUACAUAAGCAAGUUGAAUAUUGUGAUUGUUUUCUAAA